UGGAGGAGGAGGCCGCUGCUCUGCGGGAGAUGCAGACCAAGGUCGAGAAGGAGAUGGGAGCCUCCCAAGACUCUGAAGGUGCAGCUACAAGUCAAGCAAGUAAAGAGGAGGUUGAUGCUCGGUCUAUAUACGUUGGCAAUGUACCAAUAUUCUGUUUAUGAGUUAUCUGAUAUCCUAUUUUUUGUGGUGCCUGAACCUCUUAUGUAGAUAGCCUUGUAGUGGGAAAAAAAACAGAAAGAUUGUAUAUCAUGAUUGAUUGAAAAAAGAGUAUAAAAUGAAAAAAAAAAAAAAAAAGAAAUAAAAGAAGGCAAAAUAUUGAAGGAGUAAAAGAAAAGAAAAUUAUAGGUUUGCAGAGUACAGUGAACUGAAAAUGAAAAAAAGAAAGGUUGGAAAAGAAAAAGGAUAGUAGUAGCUACUGAUGUCGAUUUCGAAGCUAGGAAAGACAUAGUGGCCUUUUGGUAUUUUGGCAAGAUGAAUGCUGAUUCAAUAGGCUAUGGGCUAGAUAGCUAACAGCCUGAUGUUAACAUAAAAGCUAAGCAGGUGGAAGUUUGAAGACACCUAUUUUGUCAGCUUACCUAAUUCCAUUAUGGCGCAUAUGCAACUUUAGAUGUUGGAGCCAACUUAUUCUUGGAGUUUCUCAAAGCAUCUUAUUGCAUCGCGAUAUGGUGGACUAUGGCUGCACGCCUGAAGAAGUGCAGCAGCAUUUCCAGUCAUGCGGCACAGUCAACAGGGUUACCAUCCUGACGGACAAAUUUGGCCAGCCAAAGGGUUUUGCCUAUGUCGAAUUUCUGGAGACCGAGGCUGUUCAAGAAGCUCUGCAGUUGAACGAAUCGGAGCUGCAUGGCCGUCAAAUUAAAGUAGCCGCCAAGCGGACUAACGUCCCAGGCCUGAAGCAGUUCCAUCCACGACGGUUCAACCCCUACAUGGGAUAUCCCACGAGGAGGCCUUACAUGCCACCUUAUUUCCCUCCACCUUAUGCUUAUGGGAAGGUGCCCAGGUUCAGAAGGCCAAUGCGGUACCGGCCCUUCUGAUUGUGGAUGUGCAUCGAAAAGCCACUGCCGUGCAUUUGCUGUUGGUUCAUCCUUUUCUUACUGAGUGGCACAUACUGAGUUUUAUUGUGGCGAUUUAAAGUUUCAAGUACCAUUUGCUGUUUGCCUAAACCUCGCAAUUGUGACUUAAUUGGAUCCAUAAUGACCAUAAUUAUGCCUCAAGUUAAUCAUCAUCCAUUGUUUGUGUA